AUGGAGGGAGACGACCUGAAGCAAAAAGUUCACGACACGUUUGUUGCGGCCGAAAAGAAUGAGCACUUGAAACUAACUCAUGCAGAAUCCAAGAAAUUAAAGGAUCCGCUAACGGCAAUCCAAUACUGGGUGACGUUUGCCCCUUCCUUAGCUUUUAAGCCCAAGGCUAGAAAGGGUGAUGAUAAGAGAAUCGAUGACCCUUUUGCCAAUCCAGAUAAAGAACUAGUUGUGAUAAACGAUGUAAAUGGUGACGGAGAGUAUAAGCUACUUUUAAAUAAGUUCCCUGUAGUCUCUGGACAUAUUCUCCUGGUGACAAGUGAGUUUAAAGAUCAGCAAUCAGCUUUGACACCGGUUGAUUUAAUGACUGCUUACAAAGUACUCUGUUCGCUCGAUGGCGAUGAAGAUAGCGACACUUCUGAGAACAGACAUUUGGCUUUUUAUAACUGUGGGCCUCAUAGCGGUUCCUCCCAAAAUCACAAACAUAUACAAAUUAUGCAAAUGCCCAAGAGGUUUAUCCCUUUUCAGGACACCUUGUGUAAUGGCAAGGACCAUUUUUUGCCCACUUUUAACUCAGAGCCGCUACAAGACGAUAGGGUUUCCUUUGCGCAUUUUGUCUUGCCAAUUCCAGAAUCAUCUGAUAUGGUCGACGAGGAUCUUUUAGCCAUGUGUUAUAUCUCUUUGGUGCAAAGAGCACUUACGUUUUUCCAAGAUUGGAACGAUGAAGCUCCGGGUCUGAGUAAGUCGUAUAAUGUUCUGUUGACCAAGAAAUGGAUCUGUGUGGUUCCAAGAUCCCAUGCCAAGAGUAAACCGCCCUUCUCGUUAAGCAUUAACUCUACCGGGUACUGCGGCAUGGUUUUAGUCAAGAACAAAGAGACACUAGACAAACUCACUGAAGAGCCUUCCCUGGUCGACAGAUCAUUAUUCGAAUGUGGAUUUCCCAGUACGGCCGGCCAGAAACCGACUGAAUACGACUACUAG